AUGGAGAAACAAUUACACAUCACAAUUUUGGAGAUCCGGCUCCCAAAGAGUCGUACCCACAGGAUCCGGCUCCCAAAGAGUCGUACCCACAGGAUCCGGCUCCCAAAGAGUCGUACCCACAGGAUCCGGCUCCCAAAGAGUCGUACCUACAGGAUCCGGCUCCCAAAGAGUCGUACCCACAGGAUCCGGCUCCCAAAGAGUCGUACCCACAGGAUCCGGCUCCCAAAGUCGUACCUACAGGAUCCGGCUCCCAAAGAGUCGUACCCACAGGAUCCGGCUCCCAAAGAGUCGUACCCACAGGAUCCGGCUCCCAAAGAGUCGUACCCACAGGAUCCGGCUCCCAAAGAGUCGUACCUACAGGAUCCGGCUCCCAAAGAGUCGUACCCACAGGAUCCGGCUCCCAAAGAGUCGUACCCACAGGAUCCGGCUCCCAAAGGUCCAAGUACUGACAAACUUGACAAUAAUUCUCUGUUUUCUCUAGAUUAUGCUGAGAUAAACAUUAAUACUAGAACAAUAGAAUAA